AUGAGUGAACCUAUGUGGUCUACUUUGGAAGGUUGGAAUAACUUUCCUUAUCCACAUAAUGUGGCGACGUCUGUACCGUCAGCUACUGCUCCACCACCAUCAACGGAUAUUGUGAAGUUGGAGAAGGUUGAUUACGGAGAUGGUUAUGGACCUCCACCAGGAGCCGAAGGAUAUCCGGAUCCUUCAGCACCACAAGGAAUGGGUCAAUUCUAUAACAUGUACAAUGUUGGAAGUACCAUGGGAGCAACACAUCAGUUGAUGCCAACUAUUCAACAUGAACAGGUUAAGCGUGACAAGGAAGCUAUAUAUAAUCACCCAUUAUAUCCACUGUUAUCGUGUUUAUUUGAAAAAUGUGAACUCGCUACAAGCACUCCACGUGAUCAAAAUCGUGAUGGUUCACCUACUGACGUCUGCUCAUCUAGUUCUUUCAAAGACGAUUUAAACGUAUUUGUUGCUGAUAUGCAGAUUUCUGAAGCUUAUGUACCGAACCAAGAACUCGAUAAUUUAAUGCUUCAAUCUAUUCAAAUGUUACGUUUUCAUUUACUGGAGCUUGAGAAGGUUCAUGAGCUGUGUGAUAAUUUCUGUAAUCGAUAUGUCACUUGCCUGAAAGGUAAAAUGCCAAUGGAUAUUGUGGGAGAUGAACGAGCUUCCUCAUCACAGCCACCGCUGUCACCGGGAUCAACUGCUCAAUCUGCCAGUCCAAACAUGGGAACUCCAAUGAGUCAUACAUUCCCUCCACAGUUCGAGCCACAGACUGUACCAUUACCCGAAAACACUUCAGCCGGAAUGGGACAUUCAAUGGAGGGCUCUUCAAUGGGAUAUCAAACUCCACAUUCCUCACAACAACAAUCACAGCAACAGGCUAAUCAAGGACAAAAUCAGCAGCAACAUCAACAAGAUCACCCUUUAGCCAUGGGCGGGCAUCCCACGACGGCUGGGGCGCCCCAUAGCCUCCCUUUAGCAGCCGUCUCGAGUCCAUCUGCUAGUUCAUCAGCUGGUGGAAUCAGGCACGAUUCAACACCUUUGAGUGGGGACACCCCAUGCCCACAAGGAAAUGGUAAUCCACCCAGCAUGGAUUCUGUAUCAGAAGCCGGCGAUGAAUUACUUUCUCUAUGCGGUUCCAAUGAGGACGGAAGAGAAUCCGUACUAAGUGACGGUCAAAACGGAUCUGUAAAUGGCCAGAAGCGAAAAGUUCCGAAAGUUUUUUCAAAAGAAGCAAUUACGAAAUUUCGGGCCUGGUUGUUCCAAAAUUUAACACAUCCUUAUCCUUCUGAAGAGCAAAAAAAACAGUUAGCAAGUGAAACGGGUCUCACAAUUCUUCAAGUUAAUAACUGGUUCAUUAAUGCUCGGCGGAGAAUAGUACAGCCUAUGAUAGACCAAAGUAAUAGAGCUGGACGAGGACAGCAAGUUAAUGUUUUCAAAAAUAGGAGGCGGAAUCGUUCCGAUAACAGUCCAGGACCAAGUCCAGAUGUCACCGACAUGUCUCAGUCAUAUUCACCGGAUGCUGCUGUUCAGCCAACAAUGCCUAUGUCUACUUAUCCUCCUGAUAUAGCUUAUAUGCAACGCAAUAUGUUCCAAACCUCAUAUUCGCCCUUCCCUGCUCCGGUUAUGACUCCAUUUAUGACUCCAAUGAUGAGCUUUAAUCCUACUAGUCAGAUAAUGACUCCGGCAAAUUGGAUGGACAAUACAGUAUUAGGAACUCAUGGCAUGGAAUAA